GGGGCGGUCUGUCUGUCUACUGAACCUUGAGCAAAUCUGAGAAUAUGGACUAACAGAAGCAAGCAGACCGAAGUGGUUUUAUGAUUUUUAAACGAUUUCAUGUAUGUAAGAGUAAAGAAAAGAACGCGAAAAGUAAAGGGGGUUGUUUCGUCGUCCGCUGACAUACGAACGGGGGGCGAUGGACACAUGGAAGUGAUCGUCUGUGGAUGUGAGAAGAACUUUAAAUAUCCAGCGCUGCUGCCCUCUUGUUUCUUUCGGACCUGUUCGAACAGCUCGGGCUGCCGCGGGCAGGACGGUGGGCUCAAAGGAUGGAUCAGGCCAGUAUCCUGCGGAAGUUCAUCCAGGGGGUUCAGGCCAUGCGAGCCGGGGACCAGAAAGGAGAGGACAACUUCGGCAGCGACUUCAUGAGGCUGCGAAGGCUGUCAACCAAGUACAGGACCGAGAAGAUUUACCCCACCAGCAUCGGAGAGAAAGAGGAGAACGUGAAGAAGAACAGAUACAAAGACAUACUACCCUUCGAUCACAGUCGGGUGAAGUUGUCCUUACAGACCUCAAAUCAGGACACGGACUACAUCAACGCCAACUUCAUCAAGGGGGUUGAUGAACCGGAGGCCUAUAUCGCAACCCAGGGACCCCUCCCCAACACAGUGGUGGACUUCUGGAGGAUGAACUGGGAGUACAACGUGAUGAUCAUUGUGAUGGCUUGUCGUGAAUUUGAGAUGGGAAGGAAAAAGUGUGAGCGGUACUUUCCCUUGUUUGGAGACGAUCCCCUGUCAUUCGGUCCUUUCAGGAUCUCUUGUGAAUCUGAACAGCCUAGAACAGACUAUAUAAUCCGAACACUGCUAGUGGAACACCAGAAUGAGUCACGCAGGAUAACACAGUUCCACUACAUGAACUGGCCUGACCACGACGUGCCGUCCUCUUUUGACUCCAUCCUGGACAUGAUCGGCCUGAUGAGGGAGUACCAGGAGCACGAGGACGUGCCCAUUUGCAUCCACUGCAGUGCUGGCUGUGGGCGGACCGGAGCCAUAUGUGCCAUUGACUAUACGUGGAACCUGCUGAAGGCUGGGAAGAUUCCUGAAGACUUCAGUGUGUUCCGCCUCAUUCAGGAGAUGAGGACCCAGAGGCAUUCGGCUGUGCAGACCAAGGAGCAGUACGAGCUUGUCCACAGGGCCAUCGCUCAACUCUUUGCACAACAGCUGGAGCAGCUGGAGGGCCCCUCCCUUUGCUGCAUCUCGGACCGCCUGGACGAAGGCGGCCUGGAGCAAGAAGAUGGCAGCUCGGAUGAGGAGACUGUGGACUGCCCUCCUCCGAAACCACCCCGUGUCCGCAGUGUUGGUCUUGAGGAAGGGGACAUUAGGGAGGAGAUUUUGCAGCCCCCGGAGCCCCGUCCCGUGCCACCCAUUCUGACCCCGUCACCACCAUCCUCCUUUCCUACCGUGACCGACGUGCGCCAGGACAGCGACCGUUACCAUCCCAAACCCGUGCUGCACGUGCUGGGUUCAGAACAGGACGUGGCUCUCGAGGAGACACCUGUCAAAGCUCCGGCCACCACCCUUUCCCCAAGUCGGGGUCCAGAGAGGCGGCUGGAGCGCAAGCUGAGUAUCGAGAUCCAGCGAGUUCCGCUACAAGAAGGCCCACGCAGCUUUGAGGGCACCGGUCGACUGCAGCGGAGCCACGCUAUCAAGGCUAAGACCUCUCGCAGCUGCUCUCUGGACCGCCAGCCCUGCACGGCUGCGGAAGCCCCAGUUCGGCCCAACCAGCUCCCCUUGCAAAGGCAAGAGCCCGUGUCUUGCCCCCUUCGCAGUCUGGAGAAAAACGCGUCCCCCAGUGAACGGCCCUGCAGCCCCGGCCAGGAGAGCCCCGCGCAGAGCGUGCUGAGCUUCACCAACCCGCUGCACUCGGACAGCGAAGACAGCGAGGGAGAGGCUGGAGGCAGGAGCACCUCGGCGACCAACACUGGCCCAGUCGCUCGCCCUGACCCAGCGACCGAUUGUGGCCAAAGCAACAUCUCUCCUUUCUCCCACCCAAGAGAACCCUUGAACCCUUCCAUCUGGCCGAAGGCUCUCCCAGCACCUGUGAGUCAGGAGGCCCGAUGGACCAAAGCGGUAAUUCAAGACACGAAACGGAGUCAACUCAGAGAACAACAAGAAGCAUGCACGCAGAAAACGGCGAGCCUGAAGGAGCAGGGAGUGCGAGUGUCACCACCAGUCCAACUGUCAGCGUGGUGGAGGAAGAAAGUGGGACUGCUCCAGGGGCUGGAUUCGGCAAUCGCUGUAAUAAACCCAGGGGGCCCAGGGACCCCCCGACCGAAUGGACACGAUGACCGCAGGUCCCCUGUUGUCCGGCCCACCCUACUUCCCCGCCCAUAACCUGGUCCACCUGUGCCCCUCUAUCAGCGCCGCUCACCACAACUCUUAAGUGCCACUGAACCAGGAGGAAUACACUGACUACUCUGUGCUCCCCUGACACAGCCUACUUUUGCCAGGGACUCGGGUGUGAGCAAUGUGGAGCAUCCCCCACAGUGCAUUGGUAAAUAUCCUACUGAGCUCAAAGUACUCGCCAGGGAUUCUUCAUGCUGGUGCUAAACCUCCCUCCACUUGGGACCAUGAAACCUGCCUUAUUCCUUUAGAGAAUUACACAUCUUUUCUACUCCACAACAGUGUCCACCUCUGCUUCUGUUACAGUACUUUUAGACUUGUAUUAUGAGGAUACAGUAAGACAUGUUGGUGGGAACAUUGGUCUACUGUGUUUAUUUCCUUUGCUAACUUCUUGAUAGCUGUGUAUGCAUUUUUUUAUAAAUGCAGAGGGCAGGUCGGUAGUUUAUUUGACAGAUUUACUGUCAAUAAAAUUCCGUACUGUUGACAAAUUUACUGUCAAUAAAUGUAACAGAACUGUUAGGCAGUUUCUGUUUGGGCUGGAAAUCCUGUGAUUAUUUCCUGUUAAUAAUUUGCCUUUCUGUUCUUCAGAAUACUUCAGGGUUUGCUCAUUUAUAUUAAUUUUAUUUUGAUUUGUUUGUAAGUCUUACGCCGCUGUAAGCCCCUGAGGUGGCAUGGGUUCAAAGACUGUAAAGGUUGUGUUUUUUUUUUUUUUGUAAACUGUGUGUUUAAAGUUAUUUUUGUACAAGGUUCCGUUGGGUUCUUUGGCUCAUGCCCUGCCAGUGCUGCUGGGUUUGGGGCCUGCCCCGUGCCUUAGGAGGGAACGUGUGUGUGUGUGCGUGUCUGUGUAUAUGUGUAUGUGCGCGCGUCUCAUCCCACAGGUGCCUCUGGGACCAACUUCUCAACCACUCUCCCACACUCAUCUGUUUUGUACUUUGCAGGAAUUUACGGACUUGUCAUUUUAAAAAAAAAAAAAAAAAAAAAAAAAAAAACUU